UCACAACCUUCGUUGUGUUGUCUCUCCCUUUCGCCGAGGAACCAAAAACACCACAUCGACAUUCUCAGUUAGUGUUUUGUUCCUCUCUGUUUAAACACAAUCCGUGUUUCGUUAAUUUUCUUUAUCUCUUUGUCAAAUGCCACCCUUUCGAUUCUGAAUUCACUUUCGUCCUUUUCAUUUAAAAGGGUAAAGGAAUUCAUAAACUUUUCAUUCUUAUUUCUUUCAUUUUUCUUGAAUUAUAUAGCAUUGUGAAGAUAUGGAGAUGAGGGUUUCUCGGCGGGUGAAUUGGUGGCGGAACAUGAUGUACCCCCUUCGACGGGUUUGGUUCAGUGUCGCCACGCGUUUCAGAUUUCGCAAAAAUGGGUUGCUGAAACUAAGGCAUGAUGUGAGGGCAUGUGAGUAUGAGGACAUUCAAGUGAUGUGGGAGAUGCUGAACAGAAAUGAAUCCAACAAAAACAACACCAACAAUAAGAAAAAGGGACAAUUUUGGAAGUUGCUGAACUGGGCAAGGUGUGCUCCAUAUUACUACAUGUGCCGCCGUGGCUGAUGACGAUUACUGUGUCUGUGUCAGUGUUUUUCUCUUCACAGAAAAAUCCAACCUGUGUGUUGGUGUGGCUUUUGCUUCAAUCAUGAAUAAGAGGGGUUGUGCAGAACACAUGGUGAUUCUCCACUUCUCUGAAUCAGCCAACUCAAUUAUCCAUUUGUGUAUAUAUAUGUAGCAACUGCGUUCACCAAGUCGAUGUGACCACCAAAAAUUUGUAUGUGUAGGUUUGUGUUGUGUUUCAUCGUGAUCUUGGAAUGUUUAUCAACUCAUUCAUGUAUUGGUUUUAGAGAUCCAUGAAUAGUGUGUCUCAGGCUUUCAGCUACCUUGAUUUUGUAUCAGAAAAAACUAUAUAUGUAUUCUGCAGAGGGAGAUAUAUCUAUAUAUGAUUAGUACAUAAUAUUUAAUUGUUA